AUGGAGGGGCUGAGUGCCUCCGCUGCUUUUUGGGACCACCUGCGCACAUUGUGCCUGGACCAGUUUCCUUGCGGGGUGGGGAGCUGGAACAAAUCCCGCUUUCCACCUCGCCUGCCUCCCCGACUCCAUGGUCUGCCUGCUCCCCGACCGGUCACUCUCCUCCGGCGCAAUGGCCUCCUGUCGCCCAAUGAAGAGACAGUGGAAGCCCUGACGGAGUUCCUGCGCUGGCCAGACUCCCCCUGGGCCUUGCCCCCCGACUGCAGCCCCCCCGAGCAGCAGCUGCGGGAGCUGGCUGUGCAGCACCCCCAAAUCGUCCGUACUAGCUUCGUCUGCUGCUACUUCAGGUCUCUCCGGAUCGUGAACAAAGGGGUGACGGAAAUCGAUGUGGGUUUGUUAAAGUUCCCCAAUUUGGAAGAGCUGAUCUUGACGGCCAACCAUAUCAGCACCAUCCCUGCUGCUAAUCUCCCUCCGGGCCUGAAGGUGCUGGAGCUUUGUGGCAACAAAGUGCAGAGUUUAAAGGACCUGUGCACAUCUCCCCCAGCCGGACUUCAGCAUCUGGGUCUCGGCCACAACUGCACGCUUGGUUCCUCGGAAGAACAAUUUUUGGCAGCUGCUUUCUGGCCCAACCUCGUCUCCUUGGACUUGUGCUACAACAAUUUCACCAACCUCUUGAGCCUCCUUUCCACGCUUUCCACCUUGAAAAAACUCCGGGUCCUUGUGCUGCAAGGAAACCCCUUUGCUCUCCUGCCGGGCUACCGAGGUUUCACCAUCGACAGCCUGCCCCACCUCUCCGUUUUCGAUGAUGUCAUCAUCACCCCGGAGGAGAGACACAAUUUCCUCAACCUGGCCGCCUUCCCAGAGAUCUUACUGUUGGAUGUCCAACUGAUAGUCACCCUUGGCAAAAUGCGAGGGGUCCCCAACCCAUUUAACCCAGAGGACUUGGAAAGCAGCUCUGGCUCCCCGAUUGUAAGCUAUAGUUACUACGUGACGUAUGAAUUUGCCAAAGGAGAAAGAAAAGAGAAGGCAAGCGGGAAGCACAGGGGCACGUUGGUUGGAAAGGAUGCGGUGAGCUCGCCCGGGGUGAUGGUGGCCGGAGAGACAGUUGAACCCGUGUCUUCCCAGACUUCGCCCAAGUCAGACCUGCAGCCUGAGCCGGGAGUGAGAAAUUUGGAGAAUGAGGAGGAGGAGGGUGAAUCCCUGGUUUGUGGCUUCACCUCUCCCUUUACCAAAAUGCGUCUGCAACCCAAGGGUGGGUGGAAUGGAAAGCUGGUAACCGCCGCUGGUUCAAUGGCAGGUUUCUUUCUUCUCGCCCACUUAGCAAAUACACACACUACCGCCAAGAAGGGCUGGACAGAGACCGUCGACUGUGACUACCGAAAAGAGCACCUCACCGAGGAUCUGGUGGCUCUCAAGGUUUAUCUUCUGGCCGGAACCACCGUGUCGGUUGUCCAGGAAAAGGUUGUCUCCUGGCCCGUGAUCCCAACUCCUGAAGAAAAGCCAGGCAAGAAAGGAAAAGGAGCGAAAGGAAAAGCCGAUUCGGGAAAGGCAGAGAAAGGGAAGGAGAAAGGGGACUCUGGAAAGGGUGGGAACAAAAAGAAAAAGAAAUCCCUUUCCCCAGAGCUCCGAAGCGACCCGCCCAUCGUGAAGAUCCUGGGAUCCUUUCACGUCAGCUUAGAAAAGCUGCUAGCAGGGGACUCGGUGGUGGAGACCGUCUGCAAUUUUGGGGUACAGAUAAUCGAGCGGAACGUCACCCCACCAUCCCCCAAAGACAAGGAGGGUAAGAAAGGUGCAAAAAAGGACCCCAAAGCCAAACCUGGGACUGACAGUGUAAACUCCAAAAGAACACCCCCGCCCCCGACUCCAUCCCCUGUCAAAGGAAAGGGGCGGAAGAAGGAUUCUUCAGAGGGACCCGAUCCGCAACUUGGCCAGCCUCUGCCUCUAACUGUGGAGUUUCAGAUGCAACACAUCAAGUGGGACUCAGCUUCCUCUGCCUUAAAAAUGCUGGAAGCCUUGGAAUAGGUUUGAAGAGAGCAAGACCGGUUUCCU